AUGGGAUCCGAAUUUGCCGAAAAACACAGCCUUCAAAAUAACAGCGAUCAUUUUGACAAGAACUUGGAGACUGCCAUUAAAGAGUAUCAGAAAUACUAUAAAUUGAAAGUUACCGGAAUUCUCGACUCCGCAACCAUCAAGCGAAUGAAUGUUCCGCGAUGUGGAGCGCCUGAUAACGUCAACGGUCUUGCUCCACAAGAAGCAGCAGUAAAACCACAAUAUCAUUUUUUCCCAAAAAAACCCGUAUGGCCACGUUCUAGGCGCCAUCUCUCAUAUACCUUCAACUCUAGUGCCAAAGGCGCUCCAAUGAGCAUAUCAAGGGGAGUUUUUGCCUAUGCUUUCAAAAAGUGGGAGGAGGUAACUAAGUUCAAAUUUCAUGAGGCGAGUAGAGGUGAGAAAGCUGACGUAGUUAUUGGAUUCCACAGAGGAGAACAUGGGGAUGGGCGCCCAUUCGAUGGGAAUGGUGGAAUUUUAGCUCAUUCUUUUUCUCCCACAAUCGGUGCAUUGCAUUUAGAUGCGGAUGAAAAGUUUAACCAUAGACCCAAGAUCGGUAACAAUGAAUCGGACUAUGUGUGGGUCGCAAUGCACGAGAUAGGGCACAUUCUUGGACUAACUCAUAGUUCAGAAGAGAAAGCCAUUAUGUUUGCUUAUGUGGAAGAUGGAUUAACUAGGAGAGCUUUGCACCAAGAUGAUAUAAUGGGCAUACAUGCUUUAUAUCCUCAUGAAUAG